AUGCCGAUUCGUCGAGACGCCGAACCUACAGAGGCCAAAGAUAGAGGAAUACACGAGUUGAGAGAAAAGUAUUAUGUGCGACCACCGAACCACACUGUCGGCUACACGCUUGCAACAACUUCACAAACACCUCCGGCGCAAGUCGUCGUAGGCUUAGUUUUGUUGCGACAAGGGAAUUCAUUUUGGGGUCAUGAUGAGACUGAAGGUUCUCUUAAUCCGGGUAACUUUCUUAUUCUACUGGAGUUUUUAGGUGCUCAUAAUAAAGAGAUUAAUGAUGUGAUAUUGAAAAAUGCUCCUAAAACUUGUAAGUUAACAUCACCCGAUAUUCAGAAGGAUAUAGUAAAGGCCUGUACAACUGAAACAAUUAAUGUUAUUAUCAAAGAUAUUGGUAAUUCAUUAUUCUCUAUUUUAGUUGAUGAAUCUUGUGAUGUGUCAAUGAAGGAGCAAAUUGCUACAACACUCUCACUUAAAGCUGCUAUUGAUAUGAUGUUCUCUAAAUAUAAUUUGAGCAUAGCUAAUCUUCAACUAGCUCUUAUAGCUGUGACCAAGAAAAAUCUUUCGAUUUCUAAUUUCCUUCGUAUUGUUGGUGAUGUGGUAAAUGUUGUUGGAUCAUUCUGCAAAUAUUCUGAUCUUCUUAAGGAGAAACAUUUAGAUUUUAUUGUUGAGACAUUGGAGAGAGGUGAAAUAUCAAGUGGUCGAGAACUUAAUCAAGAAACUACCCUUCAACGUGCUGGGGAUAUACGUUGGGGGUCACAUUACAAUUCUUUGAUCAGUUUGAUUUCUAUGUUCUCUGCUGUCAAUAAUGUGCUUGAAAUGAUUUCAGAAGAUAAUUCUAGUUCUCUUGAUCAAAAAACUGAGACAUUUAAUUUAUUGGAGUCAAUACUUUCAAUUGAUUUUGCAUUCAAUCUACACUUGAUGAAACAUGUCUUAAGGAUUUCGAGUGAAUUGUCGACGACAUUACAAAAGAAAGAUCAGGAUAUUGUAAAUGCAAUGGAUUUGGUACAAGUAUGCAAACACCGACUCCAAAAUAUGAGAGAAGAUGGUUGA